AUGGCGUCGGAGGACGCGCUACACUUUCAAGAUGUCAAAUCGACUCCCGUGUGGCACGUCCGUCGGUCACGGGCAAACCGGAUUAAGACAAUUGGCUUGUCAGUGAUCGCAUUGUUCUUCUUCUUUUACAUGCUGAAAUAUUCUUCAAAACGAAUCGAACCGGACUUCUGGACCAAGUUUCCCUCUCGCCAUCCUUUCCCUGAGCGCCCAGAGGAUGCCCAGGUCAUCCUCCCCCCUCGCACGGAUAUUAAUGCCAAUGACACCCUCCCUCACGAUCUAGACAAGCCCAACCCGCGCCUCCAUGUCCUACUUCCAGCCUCGCAAGGCUCGCGCGGAGUCUGCCGAACACUCACAUCGGCGAUGAUCCUUGGAUACCCACCGCCCACAUUAGUCGGUUACGGGCAUGAUGCCCCAGGAGCGACCGAGGCCGAGCGUAUGGUGGACCGGAUCACACGAGUGCGCAAUUACCUGCGAGACAGCAAGACCGUGCAUGACCGCGACUUUGUGCUGAUGGUCGAUGGCGCAGACAGCUUCUUCCAAUUGCCACCGAAGGUCCUAGUGGAGCGGUUCCAGGCUAUCAUAAGGGAGAACAACCGAAAGCUCCAGAAAAAGUUUGGGUUCGCAGAAGUUAAGGGCCAAAACGCUGGCGAUGCGCCUGAGAUGGUGCAGAAAUACACCCAGCGCGUUCUUUUUGGUGCGAGUAAGAUGUGCUUCCACGGGUUGCUGGACGACCCCGGUUGUGUGUCUGUCCCCGAAUCAUCUCUACCUCCGGAUGUGUAUGGCUGGAAGACUGAUGCCUACCCGGAUGGAUCUCUGAACCGACCUCGGUGGUUGAACCCUGGAGCGGUAAUUGGCCAAGCUGCGGAUGUGCGUCUGAUCUACGAUGAGGUCUUGCGACAAGUUGAGCUACGCUCAAACAAGUCUGCCGAUUACCAGGCCCUGACACAAAUGUACGGACGACAAGAGGUGAUCAGAGAACUGGAGCGGCGGCGAACAGCCAACGACUUCAAGGAGUUACUCUACCGCAUGGUGGGCAUCUCAGAUGCAGCAAACAUCACCGGAAUGAGUAUCCGGCUGGAGACAGGCCACCGGUACGAAUUCGGCAUUGGCGUCGACUUCGAGUCACAACUCUUUUUCAACCAGGUCAUGUCCCGCAAGGACGUUGAGUGGGUCAAGUUCGGUAAUGUUACCAAAAUGUCCGCAUUACAGAUGCAACACGGUGUCCCGCGCGAACACCGCAUCCUCCUACCACAAGACAUUGCCACUCUCCCCAACCCAUUCACCGAGUCCCGCUUCGCAAGAGAAUCAACCCAGAGACCAGUGUGGAAUGCCACACUGGACAAGCUCCCGAAUCCGCACGAGCGCACCUGGCACAACAUCUCGCUAAUGACGAAUGUCCACUCCGCCUCGGUGCCGGUCCUCGCCCAUCUCAACGGUGACUCCAAGCUCCGCAACACCUGGUGGGAGAAUAUGUGGUUUUUCCCAUGGGGACGGGCCCUACUACGCAAAUAUGUCCGCGAUUCACACGGGUUUGACGCGGCACAGUCGGCGCUGUUGGGUGGGCAAGACUGGUUGGAGGUGCGCGGCGGUCGAGGUGGGGUCUGGACUGAUGAGGAGAACUGGAUCACACUCUUUGAAGUUUGCAAUGGUCAAGAAAGAGAUCUCUUUGACGAUGACCUCGGACCCUGGGGCAAGGAGACUUAUGACCCAGAUGACCCGGUUUACAACCAAUAUGGAAGUCUCAUUGCUGGCAAAGCAGAGAAAGUCGCCAGCAAUGAAGAGAAGUUCGACAUUUUCGACUAA